CAUUCCGGGCGACUAAGGGCUGCAGGAGGAUUUGUCACGCCAAGCGCCUACUUUCAUGUGCCUAGACGAGGAAUCCAUUCAUGUUGUGAGGAGAGGCAGCAAAACCUUGAUGCAACGGUUUCAGAUUUGAAAGUACAGGUCGAUGCACUGAAACAAAGCUUACCAAAUACACCCCAUUCUUACUAUGCUGGUUCAAACACCUUCGAAAAUUACAAUAUGGGUAGUCCACAGCUUCAUCCAAGUCCAAUGGUAAAUAAGGUGGUAACUGACGAUAAUAUGGCGCCUUUUGAUCCUAUUACAAUGGAAAAUAGGGUGAUAACCGAGGACAACAUGCCCCCUAGUCUAGGUCCUCGACAAAAAGUAAAAAAGAGCAAACCAUGUAAAUUGGCAGUGGGAUCCCGUGAACACAUUGUUGCUCAUGGUCAAUGUAUGAGAGAGUUGGACCACAUGAAACGAUUCAUACAGUUUUGCUUGGCCCAGACAAUGUACGUGUGUCUGUUGAUGUUGUGAUUGUCGAGGAUGCCCUUCUUCCUAUACCCAUCCCAGGAGAGGCAGCCACCGUAGGAGAGGCAUUGGGGUAUCAAUUGGCUUGGCCGAAAAAACUUGUAUUGGUUGAUUACGAGGGAAAUCUUGAAAUUGCUAGCAAUAAGGGAAAUCUUAGAAUUGUUGGCAAUAAGGGAAAUCUUGAAAUUGCUGGCAGUAAGGGAGCCUCAAAAAAUCGUGAAGUGGUUGGCAAUGAGGCUACUUCAAAAAAUGUUGGUUGUGAAAAAAAUCUGGAGUCCAUUCGAUCGUUCGCUUCACUUGUCAAUCAUCUCUUACCCCUUAAAAGCCAUAGAAAUGAAAGUCGAGAAGGAUUUAUUUGGCGUGGAUGUUGAUUAUCAUCUACAAAAGGUAGACAUGGGAUACAUAUGUGAACUGAAAGAGCUAUCCAUUCAAUGCAUUGUGUUGUAUAUGAGCUAUCUAUAUGAAGUUAUGAAGGCCUCAAACAUGCAUAGAAGUUUUUGCUUUGUCAACCCAUAUGUUACAAGUGUAAAAAAUAAGCCCGGUGACGACUCACAUGAAGCAUUGCUUGCACGUAGACUAGAGGAUGCAAAGUCCGGUGAAUUGGUUUUCGCUCCUUGUAAUAUUGGGGCCCACUGGGUGUUGUUAGUCAUUGAAGAGUCUACUUCAACUAUAUACUAUCUUGAUUUAGUCAACAGUAAAGUCUCUUUGAACAUUAAAAUCCUAAUUAGCACAUAAGUAUUUUAAAUUGUG